CGCCCUGCGACAUCGACGACGGUGUAGACGGUGGAAAAUCUAUCGGUGGCACGGGUCUCUCUUGGAUAGAACACGAGUGCGCCUGACCGUUGACGAACACGAACAUGGCCGACUCGACGAAAUCGAUAAAACACGUUACGUUUUCCGCCGUUUCGACGGAGUCGACGCUUUGCGCUUUCCACCCCCUAUGAACGGACGCGUGCGCCUGAGAAGAACAACAUAAAGACAACGUCGUCCUCCUCGAAGUCGACGUCGACGACAAGUACCACGUUUACGUAGACGACGGACGACGCACGUUAUACCAAACAGUUAAUUAAAAACAUAGUACAGGAUUAAUAAUUAUGCACCCCUUAAGUCAUAGACAUAUUUUUCAUUACCUAUCCUCUUAUUCCUAUACAUGUUAUAUGUAGGACUGCGUUGAAUACAUUAAUUGAAGAAAGUUAUGUAUCUUUUUUUCUUACUCUUACGUUCUUCUUUACAGCAACCAAUGUUUUGAAAUUAUGAAAUACAGUGUUCAAUGCAUCUCUUAUUCUGAUCUCUCAGUGUAUAAUAAUUAAAAAGUUUGUUCGAUUUAAAGUCUAAAGAAUCAAGCAUGGAAGGAGCAAGGGAUGACUCCAUGGUAUAGUAUUAGUACUUAGGCCACUGAAAUUAUUGACCAAAUAUCGACUCGUGAAAGUCACUCUCUGGAACCUACGUUGAAUAUAACACUAAAAUGGAUCUUCGGAUUAUCAUUGAAUAAGAGUCGGGAUGGAUGAUAGUGAAAUAAUCGGGAGCGGCAACUCGUACUCAAAUUAUCUCAAUGAAUACGAUUUAAACCACGAUCGGGCUGAAGGAACGCCUCUGGCAAUCGAUGGAAACGUUUUAAGAUCGCCUAUAUUGGGUAGCUCUUAUCGAGUUCCGGAUAUACCGAAAAAAUAUAUUGAACCGACGAUUCUUGAUACAUCGUUACCUUACAUUCCUGUAUAUGCUUAUCUAAGAACUCAUGACUUAAAACCAAUUGUAAGACCGCCAACACCACCCAUACUGUCCGAGUUACGAUGGAAGUGUCAUUUUAGAGAUGAUACUACCGAAUCCUAUGGAUCUUUCAAAACCUCACCGUCGACCGCAAGAACAAGCAAAGGAAGAUCCUCUGUUACGAUAAAACUGUGCGAGAAUCAAAGAAAUUUAAAAACGGAAUAAAUACUGAUUUAUAUUUA